GUUGAAUAGAAGUUUGUUGUUUGUUGUUGGAAAAAUAAAAAACAAAUUGUUAUUCCCACGACACUUAUUUUUUGUCUCCAUGGCUUCACUUGCAUCGAAACAGUCAGACUCGAUAUUUGUUGGAAAUCAUGCGUAGUUUGUUUCCGUUGCUAAUCAAAAAUCAUAUACCCACGCUGCCUUUCCUCUGCACAUCCUUUCACGGAUCAAACCCCCACAGUUUCCGCCACCCAACAGUACGAACCCUUGCGAUUAUGGCCGAUGAGUUUGUAAGAGGGAAUGUGCUCCCAAACGGCGUCGCUCUCUUAACUCUGGAUCGCCCCAAAGCCCUUAACGCUAUGAACCUAGAUAUGGACAUUAGAUAUAAGAAGUUUCUGGAAGAAUGGGAAACAGACCCAAUGGUAAAGUGUGUCUUGGUUGAAAGUAGUUCGUCUCGUGCAUUCUCAGCAGGAAUGGAUAUUAAGGGUGUUGUUGCUGAAAUUCGAAAGGACAAAUCCUCAACUCUUGUGCAAAAGGUGUUUACUGCUGAAUAUUCCCUGAUAUGCAAGAUUUCUGAGUACAAGAAGCCCUAUAUCUGUUUUAUGGACGGGAUAACCAUGGGAUUUGGAAUUGGUCUAUCUGGUCAUGGUCGCUACAGGCUUAUUACUGAGAAAACUGUGCUUGCUAUGCCAGAGAAUGGUAUCGGCUUGUUCCCAGAUGUUGGCUUUGCGUAUAUCGCAGCAAAAAGUCCGGGAGAAGGAGCAGUAGAAUAUCUUUUGGAUAAAUCCUCUAACGAAUCUGGAAAAGAGAAUGGAGCUUACCUUGGACUGACGGGAAGUAGGAUAUCAACACCAGCUGAUGCUUUAUAUGUUGGUCUGGGAACACAUUACGUGCCUUAUGACAGCCUGGCUGCAUUAAAGGGAGAUCUCCUAGCAACCGCAUUUUCUGAGGACCCCGAUCAGGAAAUCAGAGCACUGUUGGAAAGAUAUAGCAGAAACCCUGAGGCUGAACCUCGUCUGAAGUUACUUUUACCACGGAUAGUUUCUACCUUUGCAAGUAGCAAGUCUAUAAAGGAGGUAAUGGAGGAGCUAGAAAAUCAUCAGCUAAGUGGUGAUACCCUGGUGGCGGAGUGGGCGAAGGAUGCACUGCAAGGGCUAAGGAAAGGAGCUCCCUUUUCUCUUAACCUUACAGGAAAGCAUUUUUCAAGAGUGAAGUCUGCCCAAGGCAAGAUCGAUAAUGAUUUAUCCAAGCUGACUGGUGUGAUGAAAGCUGAAUACCGAGUUGCAAUUAGGUCUGCUCUUAGAAGUGACUUCACCGAGGGUGUUCGGGCAGUCUUAGUAGACAAAGACCAGAACCCCAAGUGGAACCCGUCGAGCUUGGAAGAAGUUAAUACGGCAGAAAUAGAUGCUCUUUUUGAGCCGUUGGGCCCAGAUGUUGCAGAAUUAAAUGUGUGAGUCGUGCACUUCCAACUUUCCAUUGAAGAGAUCACCUGGCAUCUUAUUUGAAUUAAAUAUGAAAUUGUAAUGGUGUUCAUUAAACUUGUACUUGCCUUCCGUUGAAGAGAUCAUAUGGCAUCUUGUUUGCAUUAAAUAUUAAAUUGUAGUGGUGUUAAUUAAACGUUGCUUUUGGACGGCUGCACUAUCCUGCUCCUUGUAAUGGAGAUAUGAAUAAAGGUCAAAAUUUAACUAGUAAAACUUAGUGAUGCUCAGGGCUAGCAUCUGUUAUGCAGUGUGUUUAGCAUUUGCAUCAGAAACUUUUAACAAAAUAUUCAACUUAUGUAGAUUUUACCUGGAAGCUUUUAUGCCUUAUUCAGAAAGAAGAAUGAAUGACUGCUGUUAAUUACUAGACCUAUUAAUAAACUUACAUGAUACCCUUUGUACCUCGAGAUGAUUCAUUGAUUUGUAUGGGGGUGGGGCAAAGUUGUGAUUUUAUAGCUUAAUCAAUGGGCAGUACGUAGCUUUUAGUUGUAACGGAUUCAUAAUUUUCUAAAUAUUGUAUUAGAUUGUUCAGUUCAGAGUAUUAUAUGGUUCAUAUAUAACCAUUUUGCAAAGUUCAAGCAAGUUUGUGAGAAAAAAUGACAAAGAAUCGAAACUCGUUACUAAUUGUUGAGAUGAGUGUGUAUGCAUUGGACGUAUGGUGAAGAGAGCAUUAUGAAGA